AUGCAGAGUGCAGAGUGCAGAGUGCAGAGUGCAGAGUGCAGAGUGCAGAAUGCAGAGUGCAGAGUGCAGAGUGCAGAGUGCAGAGUGCAGAGUGCAGAAUGCAGAGUGCAGAGUGCAGAGUGCAGAGUGCAGAGUGCAGAGUGCAGAGUGCAGAGUGCAGAGUGCAGAGUGCAGAGUGCAGUUAGCAGAGUGCAGAGUGCAGAGUGCAGACUAGUAUCUAGUAUGUAUAUAUGGCUAGUAUCUAGUAUGUAUAUAUGGCUAGUAUCGGGUCUGUAUAUAGCUAUAUAUGUAUAUGGCUACGGGUCUGCAUAUAACUGGUAUACCCAAAUUCCAAAAACAGACCCUUCGUAUCGUAUACCAAUGUCAGAACAAGUUCCCCUGGGAAGGCACCACGCUGCCUUGAGACAUGUAGCUGUAUUCGUAGCAGAUGGGGAGAUCAAAUGGGAAGGCUUGCACAGAAUGGCUUGCACAGAUUGGCUUGCACAGAUUGAUUUGUACAGAAUAGCUUGCACAAAACGGCCUGCACAGAAUGGCUUGCACUCUGCAUUCUGCAUCCUGCACUCUUUGGAUUUUACACUGCAUCCUAGAUUCGGGCCAUACGGAGUGCAUUCAAGCAGGAUUUCUGAACCUCACCCUUCUGUUGCUGCCACCUAUACAACUCGAUCUCGUCGCUCUCAAGCAACCGCGAUUGCAACAAUUGCUUCCAUAGCUACGCGGCGUUUACAAGCACCAUCACCAGCGCUAGCGCCGUUGCAACUUCGAUCUGCGAUGGCGGGCAUUCAAAACUGCAUCAGAUUCGAACCUCCUCGCGCGGCGCCAGCGCCUUCUGUACCUCAUUUCCGCGCGGGCACAUUCGGAAGCGCAUCUGCUGGCCCUGCACCCGAUUCUACAGGCGAAUUCGCGGCUAUGGAUCGUGCCAGCAACCUCUCAACAACCUAUCAAGGCUGGCAAAGGAUACAGGAAAUGGGUCGAGAUACAUACAUCCUUGGGACAGCGCUACCUAGGUCUUACGAGGUCAGCAGUUGGAGAGAAAGGCAAGAGAGCCACGCGGAAACGUAUCUGUCUCAUCACAACAACACUGCAAUCGCAAAGCUCGCAAUGGCCUAA